AUGCCUGGUGCCAGUUUGAAUUAUCAUGGUUCUGUAUCCGUUGACGAAACAGCAACAUAUUCUCGACGCAUUCAUUCAUCUCAACAAUAUUAUUAUCAUCAUUCUAUUGAACAACCGAAUUUCUAUCCGUAUCAAUCUCAAUUAUCAAUACAAAGUGAUAACCAACAGAAGCCAUCAUUGUCAACAACGGAUACAAAAAAAUGCGAAUGGAAUGAACUUGAAGUUACUGGUAAUGUUCGUAAUUUAUCACCUAUGUUAUGGACAUUAUCACAAUUAACUGUUUUAUAUUUAAAUGAUAAUCAGUUAUCACGGUUACCAUCUGAAAUUGCUUGUUUAACAAAUCUAGUCACACUUGAUUUAUCGAAUAAUAAAUUAAGAAAUUUACCAUCAGAAAUCGGUGAACUUAUAUCAUUACGCGAAUUGAAUUUAACAAAUAAUAGUAUUCGAAAUUUGCCUUAUGAAAUAGGUAAAUUGUUUCGUUUACAAAGUUUAGGAUUGAUGGGAAAUCCAUUACCAUCUGAAAUAUUUACAAUUUACACUGAAUCUAAUGGUUUACAAAAAUUAUUGACAUAUUUUCUUGAUAGCUUACCAUCAUCUCUCAACGGUAUAAUGAAAACACUAAAAACAAAAAUACCUAAAUCUGUUGUCCUCAGUUUCUAUGUAAUUAGAGAUCGCCUAUGA